ACCUAGCAUUGUCAGAGUGUGCGGGUGUACGUUGUGUUAUGUCAUAGUUUUGGUUGGAGAGAAGAGCAAGUGGGUGAACGAGAAAGAGAAAGGUAUGUCCGAGUAUUGCACGGUUCCGGGCAGGUCGAGCGGAAAUUGUGGGUCCAGAGCGACGAAAACACACAGGGAAUAUGAGAGAAACGAGGCGAAGGAGCGCAGGAGAAGCCUUCUGUAUUUAAUCCGCGGUUAUCUAAGAGACUGUAACCUGCACGAAUCCGCCGAUAUAUUGUCCCGAGAAGGCCAGCUCAUUAACCAAUACGAGCUCUGCGAUAAUAUCGAUCUGGAUAUCGUGCUGCAGGAUUACCAGGACUACUACCUAACCAAAUUCAAUAAGAUGCCUAGGAUCGUCAAGAGGGUGUCAUCGUCGUCGACCGCCCUCUCCGAAACUGGAGGCUCUCUGCCGCUUAAGAGGAAGACUUCGAAACCAGCUGUUACUAACUGCGUUCCGGAUAAUAAGAUCCCCGAGAGUGGAGACUCCUUCCAGAUAGACGUGAAGUGUUUGAGCGGAAAACCCACGGGCGUCGACCAGCAACAGAAGCAUCAGCAUCAGCAGCAGCAGCCCUUGUUGAAACCAUCUGCGUCCGAGGAUCAGGAGGCACUCAGACCGUCCCUCAGCGAAUUCCAAGGGUACACGAGCGAAUGGCGCGAAAUGGCCGAUCUAAUUACAUCGGAAAUCGUGCCGAGGAGUGCGGGGAUCUUCUGGAAGGACUGCAUCGGUCUCUCCGCAGCCUCCGAGUCCUUGAAGGAGGCCGUCGUCUAUCCUUUGGAACGUCCCGAACUCUUCACCGGACUCUUAGCACCGUGGAAAGGUGUGUUGCUCUUUGGGCCGCCGGGGACGGGGAAGACGCGACUGGCGAAGGCGCUCGCAGGGGAAUCCCCGUCGACCUUCAUCAACUUGGCGAUCAGCACGUUCGUGAGCAAGUGGCGCGGCGAGUCCGAGAAAAUGCUGAAGGUCCUUUUCGACGUCGCAAGACUGUAUGCACCGAGCACGAUAUUCAUAGACGAGCUGGAUGCGAUCGCAUCGAGGCACGAGGAUCAUCAGCACGAGGCCUCCAGACGCUUCACCAGCGAACUUCUCAUCCAGCUGGACGGAAUCCUGAGCGCGUCCGGAGAUGACGAUCCCAACAUCUUCGUCCUCGCAACAACAAAUCUCCCUUGGAACUUGGGUGCUGCGAUCCUGCGGCGUUUCGAGAAGAGGAUCCUGCUGAACGUUCCGGACGCUGAGGCGCGCCUCGAACUGUUCCGGUAUUACUUCGGUCGGAACAGGAACAAAUUCAGCGAUGCAGACUACAAGAGGAUGGCCGAACUAACUGGAAACUUUUCGUGCGCGGAAAUUCGCAUUGUUUGCAAAGAGGCGUUGAUGGGGACGCUGCGAGAGAAGCUCGGAGGAUGUUGUCAAGAUGCGGUGGUUAGGCCUGUCGUCAUGGAGGACGUGAGAAGGGCUCUGGGAAGGAUCAGACCGGCGGCCACGAACGACGUGAUCGACAAGUACACGUCCUGGGCGAAGCGAUGCGGAAGCUCGUAAUCCAAUUCAUUGUCAUUAAGGGUGGACAACAUAGUGUGUGUGUGUGUGUGUGCGCGCGGCAAUUAAUAUAAAUGUAUUAAUUGGUCGGCUGCAACGGGUAACAAAAUCGAUCCGUCCGAUCCUCAUCUCUAUCUUUGAGCGUUUGCAAUUAAUCAAAAUUGAUCAUUCUCUUUUGUCCCAUAAUUGACACAUAAUAUUGCGUAAUUUAUCAAAUUUGAGGAAUUAUCAAUUCAAUGCGCGUUAAUCCGAAUAUUCCACAAUCUUCACAACGAAAUCCAAACUAUA